UGGGGGAGGAUGAGGAGCGCGGGGCGGCGCUGCCGAGGGACUCGAGCCGCAGUCGAGCUCCAGUGACCGACCGACCCGCCCGCCCGCGCGGAGGAGCUGGGCGAGGCCGGAGCGGCGCCCCACUGCCCUGGGGCGGGUGAUCGCGGCGCUUGGAUGCCCGGUGCCUAGCGGGGACCCCCGGCCCGGCUCCCCCGGGACAGAGACCCGCGCCCGCCAUGGGAUGCUGCAGCUCGGCCUCACACAGCUCCAAACGAGAGUGGAAGCCUCUGGAGGAUCGCAGCUGCACAGAUAUACCAUGGCUGUUGCUAUUCAUCCUCUUUUGUGUUGGAAUGGGUUUUAUUUGUGGCUUUUCAAUAGCUACUGGAGCAGCUGCGAGAUUGGUUUCAGGAUAUGACAGUUAUGGAAAUAUCUGUGGACAGAAGAAUGUAAAGGUGGAUGGAAUAGUCAAUAGUGGUUUAGACCUCACACAAAAGAAGUAUGUGUUCUUUUUGGAUCCAUGCAAUGUAGACCUGGUACAUCGGAAGAUCAAAUCCAUUGCCCUGUGUGUAGCAGCUUGCCCAAGGAAAGAGCUAAAAACUUUGGCUGACGUUCAGAAAUUUGCGGAAUCUAAUGGAUCAAAUUUAUGUAGCUAUGAACUACAGGCAUCUGAAUACACUAAAAAUUCACAGGCCUCUAAGCUUUGUCCUAAGCUCCCGGUUCCAGAGAGUGCACCUAUUCCAUUCUUCCAUCGCUGUGCUCCUGUGAACAUUUCCUGCUAUGCCAAGUUUGCAGAGGCCCUGAUCACCUUUGUCAGUGACAGUAGUGUCUUACACAGGCUGAUUAGUGGAGUUAUGACCAGCAAAGAGAUUAUAAUGGGACUUUGCUUGUUAUCACUAGUGCUGUCCAUGAUUUUGAUGGUGAUAAUCAGGUACAUUUCAAGAGUGCUGGUUUGGAUCUUAACAAUUCUUGUCGUUUUGGGAUCACUUGGAGGCACAGGAGUACUGUGGUGGCUGUACGCUAAGCAAACAAAGUUUGUCAAUGAAACGCUUACUGCUGAUCAGCUUCAAGUAGCCAAAGACAAUCUUCAGGCCCUCCUGGUCUAUGCCAUUUCUGCGACUGUCUUCACGGUUAUCUUGUUCUUGAUCAUGUUAAUUAUGCGCAAGCGAGUAGCUCUCACCAUUGCCUUGUUCCACGUGGCUGGCAAAGUUUUCAUUCACCUGCCACUGCUAGUCUUCCAGCCCUUUUGGACUUUCUUUGCCCUCAUCCUGUUUUGGAGCUACUGGAUCAUGGUCCUGCUUUUCCUUGGCACGACAGGUAGCCCUGUCCUAAACGAACAAGGGUUUGUGGAAUUCCGGGUUUUGGGCCCUCUACGAUACAUGUGGUGGUACCAUAUGGUAGGGCUGAUCUGGAUCAGUGAAUUUAUUCUAGCAUGUCAACAGAUGACUGUAGCCGGGGCUGUUGUGACGUACUAUUUCACAAGGGAGAAAAGGAAUCUGCCAUUUACUCCUAUUCUGGCAUCAGUAAAUCGUCUUGUCUGUUACCACCUAGGAACAGUGGCAAAAGGUUCUUUCAUUAUCACAUUAGUGAAGAUUCCACGAAUGAUCCUUAUGUAUAUUCAUUCCCAACUCAAAGGAAAAGAAAAUGCCUGUGCUCGCUGUAUGCUGAAAGCUUGUAUCUGCUGCCUUUGGUGUCUAGAAAAGUGCCUGACUUACUUAAAUCAGAAUGCAUAUACAGCCACAGCUAUCAACAGCACCAACUUCUGCACCUCAGCAAAGGAUGCCUUUGUCAUUCUAGUGGAGAAUGCUCUGCGAGUGGCUGCUAUAAACACAGUGGGAGACUUCAUGCUGUUCCUGGGAAAGGUACUGAUCGUUUGCAGCACAGGCUUGGCGGGGGUUAUGUUGCUGAACUACCAGAGGGAUUACACAGUGUGGGUGCUGCCUCUCAUCAUCGUCUGCCUCUUUGCUUUCCUGGUUGCUCACUGCUUCCUGUCAAUUUAUGAAAUGGUCGUGGAUGUCCUCUUCUUAUGUUUUGCCAUUGAUACAAAAUACAACGAUGGAAGCCCUGGUAGAGAAUUCUACAUGGAUAAAAUUCUCAUGGAAUUUGUGGAGAACAGCAGAAAAUCAAUGAAAGAAGCUGGCAGGGGAGGUGGAGCUGAAGGCAGAGAGCUAAAACCAAUGGCCUCUGGAGCAAGUUCAUCUUGAAACUAGCCAGCCAUUAUGGAACCCAUUGACAUUCCAAAACACUAUAUAUAAAUAAGCAGCCAAAAUCAGAAAAGGAACAGGGAUUUAAUACUUUUUUUAAUGAUUAUUUUUGUGAAACAUGUACUCUUUUCAUACGGGUGGCUUUUACAAGCAACUUUAUCAUUGUUCCUUUUUUUAAUCAUUGUGGUCAUGGAAAUGUUAAGAUUCUUAUCUGAUUAAGAUACAAUCUAGAGGAGGAAUCAGUUAUUUAAAAAAAAAUUAAAUCAAGACUAUUGGUUAGAGUAUCAGAUUUAUCAGGUGUCCCUCAAAAUUGAAAUGUAACCAAGAAUUACCUUUAAAUCAGCUCAUUUAGGAUUUUAUAUUUAAACUCAGAUGCAUCAGUGACUUCUGGGGAAAUGUUUCAGAUUUAAAAAACAAUUAAAAUUUUAGGGGCUUUUAAAAGGGUUUCAAUGAGAGUCAUAAUUAUAACUCAUUUGUAGUCAGUCAUUUUACCCACCAACCCUAUUGGGGCCUAGUGGGGUUGCACAUUGUUUUGUUUAUAAAUUUCAGAUAUCAAAAUAACCAACUCCUCAGGUAUUUAGAUGUUGUGGGAGCCCCUGUAUUUCUAUGAAAGAGAAACUAGAAAAUGGGAAAGGAUGAGUUUUAUAUGCAACUGUUUUCCGUUUUACUUUAUUUUUCCCUUUGAGUUCAGUAGCCUCCUUUGCACUUCAUAAGGCUCCUUUGAAGGGUAUGGAUUCUCCAAACGAGCAGUUGAACAAACUGAUCAUUAAAACUCAGCCUUAGCCAUACUCCUCAUGGUUCAUUCAUGACUAGAUAUAAGGAUGCUGGACAUGGGGAGAGAAACAAACUGUACAAAGAGGAUUGGAAGUUGUUUUUAUUUAACUCCAGAGAGAUUUGGGGAGUGUAAAUGCAAAUGGCCAAGCCUGGGCUGUUUUCUCAUUCAUGUUAGUAUGUGCUGUAACCGGCGGGUAAAACCGGAGAGGGGAGAUAAACAUUUCUUUGGAAAUGACACUGCCAUGGUAUCUAAAGUUCUCCACUAACCAUAAGAGAACUUGUUCAUUUUAAUUCUUGAGUGUUUAAAACUUUUCAUUCCUGAAGCUUACCAGAUAUGAAUGCUAAUACUCCAUUGUUCAGCUUAUUGUAAUGGUAAAUGCUUAGUGUAUUUGCUAAAAACUCAUGAUCUGUUCAUGCGAUAUACUCCUUUUUGUUACAAUUUUUUAAGAAAACUAUUUUUGUUAAUGUAAAGUAAAUAUUUCAGAGCAGAAUUUUUAAACUUAUUGCACUAAAGACAAGCUCUGUAAGAAUAAAUAAUGCCUCAAUGGUUUGUUCACUCCAUACAAGAAAAUCUUUUGAAAGAGAGCAGCCCUUCAGCUAAGCUUUGCAAAUGGAUUACAGAGGGAUGUGUGGAGAAGCAUACGAUUAAUGCCACCAGGGUUUGCUUAUGUGCUUCCUUUCAAAGGAUCAGACCUUUAAACUGCUGCCGAAGGGAAAAGGCAUCCUGUAGUUUUUUAAUUAAUGAGUGCUCUUAACAGUUCCAGUGGUAGCUAACUACUUCUGUUUUGUUUCUGUAAGUCAUUUGAUACUUCAGUUUUUUCAGACUUCUUGCAAUAAAAAUCAGGAUGAAUAAAAGGAUUUACCCUUAUCAUAACACAGACCAAACAGUAUGAAUAUAAAUAAACUGUAGCUGUUCGAGGGCAAAAAACUGGCUUAGGCUCUGAUCCUGCAAACACUUAUGCAACUGUGUAGCGUUAUUCAAGGAAGCAGGACUGCUCAUGUAAGUCAAGUUAUACACCCGUGUAAGCAUUAACUGGAUCAGGGCUUUAGUCUGGGAUUUUAAAUGGAGCAGUGGUUAGGUCUCUCAAUGUAAAUUACAUGCAUCUGUCAGGACGUCUCGGAGGCGUUAGGGCAGCCUUCUCUUGUGCCCGGAAGGAGGCUGCGGCAUCAACGGCCAGAAGUGCACUGGAGUUUGGAGACUCAGAAUACUUGCCAAGAUCGGUGGGGUUUGGCAGCGAGUUCAAUACUGGCUCAGCAGGAACCUAGGAGCUGGAUUCCAAAGCUAAGAAAAGGAUUGUCAUGUCCCUAGCUACUCCACAGAAACCGCAGCUUACACCCUGCUUCCGAAGACAGCAUUUGACGUGCUCUGACGGAAGCCUUGGAUUCUCCUCACUUUGAUGACCUAACAUCAUAUUCCUGCCAUGACAAGUUCCACAACUUUGGGUUCUCUGCUCCCUGGAAGCUGUGGGGGAAGGGGGUGCUUUUCAGUUAACUUACAACUGGAACUGUAAUCAGAAACAGAGUUUGUAUUUUUGUAUAACUUGCCUGUGCAUCAUUUUUAUAACAGGGCCUGUUUUACAAAUAAAUUGGUUUUCUUAUCACAGUGUGUAGAAGUAGUUAUGGACAAUACUUUUGUAUGGGUAGCUGUAAUUUUCAAGUUAUCUAUCAUGAUAAAGUUCUUAAUUCAAGUGUACCAUUCCUUAGCGUAUGUCCAGCAUGCUUAGCUUCUCAGUUACAAAGUAGGGUCAUGCCUUACUGAACUAUCCCAAAUGCCCUGGCUGUUCAAAAGCAUUCCUUUCCCAGGCAGGCUUUCUAGUGGCACUUCAGUGUUUUGGAUGCUCUUUGAAACUUACUUUUGCAGCAGCCUACAAGCUGCCCUCUUCCUCCCUAGUCCCUCCUUUGUGUGUGGAGAGAGAGGUGGAAAACAAGUCUCUAGAGAAAGUUGCUUGCAGAGCAAGUUUUAGACGCUCGUUGCCUGUCCUGAUAAUGAGGGUAGUGGGAAUGUGAUUUCUCCUGCAGUAAUAUCUACACCUGGUAGCUGAGAUGCUGGACACUGCCAGUGAUAAAGGAUUUAGACACUUCUUCCUAUCUGGUUAUCAAAGCUAGUGUCAGUGCUACCAUUCCCCCCUGUACUGGGCGACGCUUACUGGCGAGGGGGUGGCUCAGAAGGAUAAAGUUGGGGAAGCCAUCUCCCCUGACGCUUAAAACCUCUGCCUAAGCAAGAAGGAUUAGAGAUUCAGCCAGGUCAGCUUGGAUUUAAAAUCCUAGCCUGGGUGAAUGACCGCACAUUUGGAUUGUAGCACGUUAUGCAACAUAUUCCUAGCUUUGGUCACAGAAGACCUGUUUGCUACACUUCAGGUGGAGGCCGAGCAGUGUCCGGCCCUUCUUGCCUCCCCCUGUUCUUUAAGGACAAUGUGCUGGCCACAGGGAGAACACACGUACCUGUGGAAAAGCUCUCAUUUCUAUAUUUCUCUUUCAGCAAAGGGGCAGCUGCGCACCAGCCCCCCUUUGCCCCACUGACCUCAGCAUGUGCCAAGGGCAUCCUCGCCUCCCCAAGGCAGUGAUUCAGGAGAUCACCUGGACUAAAUGGGGGGGUUUAAGGUGCUUCCCCACCACUUAUCUCCUGCCUGAGACCAUCCCCUCUUCCUCACAGCAGUUGCAGUCAUUGCAGUCGCCAUACCACCACCUGUGAGAUCUCCGCGCGGCUCUAAGCAUGUGAUGCGAACAACUCAAGAUGCAUCCCCAGCCCCUGUUCUUAGUUUGAUUCCUGGGGUUGCAUUCAACCCCAAGUGUGCCCGUUGGCAGGGCUGUCUUAUGUACAGCUUUCAUUUGGCUCUGUAGCUCGAGAGAGUCUUGUUGUUCGGUGUCUCCCUUCUUGGUCACACACUAAGUGGGGCUCACUCAACCUGGAAAAUCCAGUUAUGGGCUCACAGCCAAUCUCGGGCUUCUCCAGUAGCUUCUGUAUAACUCCCUCUGCUGGCGAUAGCUGCCUUUGAAAGGGCUUUCCCCACAAGCAGCAACUCCCUUGCAACAAGAUGCCCCCUUUUUCGGAGAUGCACACUGGCUGGUGGCUCUCCCAAUGUAGAAUGGUAGAGACAAGAGUCCCAGCUGAGUCAAAUGUUCGACCAACUGAUCUGCCAGGAUUGGAGUUUCUUUUUAACGUGCCCUCAUGACAUGCACUUUAAUGGCUUGCUCUGAGCAGUUAAAAUGUAUUCUAUGAAUGUAUGUUGUAGAUUCAGAGUAAGAUGCAUAUAGCAGACUUUUGUAUAGUAUAUAAUCACCAAACAGUGAUCAUUCUGGUCUUCAUGCAUAUUACACAUUGUAUUGAGUAAUAGUCAUUUAAGAAGUACUGUGGACCAGAUCUAAGAGUGAGUAUCUAACUUCAAGUGCCCAGUUUUGAAAGUCUUGGCCUGGGCUUAUAUGGUCACUAUUUUCCUAAAUCUAAGCAUCAGUUUCAUAAAGUGUUUGUUAGUAAUAGGUCCUGAGCUACAUUAUGGCUGAACAAAGCCUGUAGUUUUUCAAUUUAAUAGUCCCAAACCCAGCUCUAAAACUAACAGAUUUGUCUGAAACAUUGUGCACACUCUGAUAACAAAGACAUUCGGUUAAGUCACUUUUAAAUGUAUUUUUUUUAAAACAAUGUCUUUGUUGACACUUGCUGUUAAUAUUGCCUAUGGGCAGAGACUAGUACGUUUCUCUGUUUCAUAUGCUGUCUAGCCACUGUGUUCUCAAGCUGCUUUCCUUUCUGGAUAGAUUAGAGAGGGCUGGGGUCUCAACUCUUUUGUUUGUAGCCUGGGAUGUGUUAUGGAAAACACUGAGAACCGUUGGUGUACCACAGUGCUGCAAAGUUUAGCUUCAACGUAGCAAGAGAAUGCAACCAAGCCAAAACGAUUUUCAGUGACAUUCUAAAAUCACAAAAAUACUUUUCUAGUCCCAUUAAGCUAUUUGACUCCAUUUAUUUUUUAAAUAGAUAUAGCCACCUACCAUUCUCUUUAACGAAUGAAACAAUUAAAACCCUUGGGGCAACUUUUCUCCCCAAAGGGGAAAACAUGCAAAUUAUAAUGCUCUGAAUAUACCUGUUCUCUACAGGAUAUUUCAGAGGAAUUAGAACAGAUAGUUGUCUGGAAUUUCCAUAGGGAAUCAGCCAAAAUCCUAUAAAAAUAGUUGGUGGAAAUUCUAUUAAAAACACAAAUUACCGAGUACUAUGGGGUCAAAACCUGUUUCUUACUGCUGAAAUUGGUUCCAAUUGAUGUUCAAAUAAAUGAAGCAGGAUGUUGGACAUACCUUAACAAAGAACUCAGAGUGCUGCAAGGUUUUACAGCAGAACCACCACCGGUCUUGAAAACUGAACUGCAAUGCUUUAAAUAAAUUCAAAGAAUGCUUUGACCUCUGAAUUAUUUGAUGGAAGACAUAGGUAGAUUAAAUUACAAGCAGCAGACAAUUUAAAACUACCUUAAGGUUGUUUUCUCUGCAGCAGUUAAAGGCAUCACUGACCCCUAGAACAGCAAUGCCUGCAUUUCUACAGGUAUUAACUUGCACGAGAUGGGACAGUGCUUCUCUGGACAAGUACAAAUGUGUUUUGCUGGGAUUUUCAGAAGAGUUUAGGAAUGCAAUUCCCGUUGAAAGUCAGAGGGAGUUUCAUACCUCACUCCAUUAGCCUCCUUUGCUCUUAAUGCAAAAAUACUUCACUUACUAGAAUGUUGGGAUUGCGUAGACCUUUACCAGGAGAGUGAGAGCCCAGGUGUAAGUUAGGGGACCUACACAGCAGAAAAAGGCCAGAGAGGCAGUCAGUGAGGUCUCUUCACUGUGGAGUAAUAUUCCUAACAAAGCAAUGCAACUUAACACGAGCAGAAUAAAAAGAACCCUCCAACCCUCCUUCCCUGGAACAUCUGUGCAAAAAGAGAGGGAAAGCUGAGCUACAGUUCACACUUUGUUCGCUAGGAGCCAGGUAGUCAUCCUGUGCCCGUCACCUCAGGAUUAUUCAUGUUUGUCAACAGCUCCUAGUUCACAGGCGCAGCCCAUUCCCAGUGAAGUCAAUGGGAGUUUCACCCUUAAAUGUAGUGUGAGCAGAAGUAGGCUCUUACUCCACCUCCUUAGACAGAUAGGGGAAGAGACCUGUAUACCCCCAGCCCCAUAUGCUCUCUCCUGGUUAGUGGUACAUUGUAAAGCAAAUCUGAGUAGUGCUUGGUUUACAAGAAGUCUUGUUUCCUUCCUGCCAUUUUGAAGGAAGUUCUCUUUGUAAUAGACUCAUUAGACCAAGGCUCUGGCUGAGUUACUGAAGUCCUCAAAUAUCGAUUUAAAGACUUCACGUUAUCGAGACUCUACCAUUUACUGUAGUUCAAACAAAAGUGCCCCAUGGUGCAGAGGAAGGGGUCUCUGCCAGUCUGACCUGGGGAACAAUUCCUUCCCAGCCCCAAACGUGGCAAUGAGUUAGACUUCAAAUGCCUUAUCUAUUUUACAAGCUGGAAGCCCUAGAAAAGAUGAGCUGAGGGAAUGGAUGGUAAAACGUAGAUACACCCUAGCACAGUUCUGUCACAAGGUGUUCCCAUCCUGCACCACAAAGAUUGGGAAUCAUUGGCUGGCUGGUGGGCCUUGCGGACGUGCUCAGGGUCUAAGAUGGGUCUCUAGCACACCCAAGCACAGCUCUUUGGCCACAGUAAAGUAGGGUACACACCUUGCUUCAACAGGGCUGUAGGUAAUUACUUUGAUUUUUAACAAGGAAACAGAUGGCAGGCACAUGUUUAAUUUUAGGGGCGAGGCGGGGUCUGGGAGAGAAUAAGGCGGGGAGGGGGAGGCACUCUGCGAAGUAGUACUGCCCUUACGUUUUCUAACACUCAUUCUUACAGGGCCAGACCCACAGCUGGUGCAAAUCUCGCUCUAAAGACAUUGGCAUUUCACUGAGUUACAGCAGCUGAGGAUCUGGCCCACAGCACUGUCCGCUCCCACACUCAACAUGUAGGCUGCAGGUGUUACCCCCCUGGCUUCACUGUGAUUAAAACAAGCAUGUCUGUGAGCCAGGAGCAGAGUGUGAUGGUAGAAAGUAGGUAGCUGGGAGGGGACAUGUCUCCAGAACAGCAGUGGAUUAGAACGACACCUGGCCCAGAUCCACAACUUAGCUACCUCCUUCCUCUCCAAGAUCGCCUUGUUUCCUUCCUCAAAGCCUGAGUAGUGUGUGCUGUGCGCCCUGGCUAACGGGGGUCUCUCAGCGUCCAGCCUCUGGCUGUGUCCACCUUCCCUUACAUAGGAGUGGGACCCAGGGUGUGUCUAGGAAUCCUACACGGGCAGCAGAUGGCAGCCCUCAGAUGAGUGCUCUGCCGCUUGCUGUCCACUAACUCAUUGGUGCCCGCCCCCAUAGUGCAAGGGGCCUGCCUUAAUCCUCCCCUGCUACCUAAACAAACUGGUUGGCCCUUGGAACAAAACCGUAAACAGAAUUUACUUACUUCUGCAGUCCAGAUAGGCAUUGACAAAGGUUGGCUGGAGCCCUUCACAGCUGAGUUUCAUAGGCAUAAAGAGGUCAGAAUAUAGCCUACAGACCCUUCUUAGUGGCUCAGAAAGCGUAUGUACCGUUGCGGAGUUUGGCAAGUGUUGGGUCCUCUUUUAUGGUCUUUUAGCAAGUAGGCAAUAAGGAAGGUGCAGCCGUCUACCAGCAGAUUGGCAUUAUUUUUGUACUGUUGGGAUUGUAUCACAGAUAGUUACUAUAUUUGAUACCGAAAAAGUGGGGAGUCAAAAUCUGUUUGGAAAUGCUGGUUUUACAGACCAAACAUGGCUUAAGUACUUGCAGAUGGCGUUGUUACAGUCUUUACCACUACUUCAUCCUGGUGCAGGCUUUUCAUCCAGAUCACGCAUACUUCUAACAAGGGGAUCAAACCCAUGGAAUGUAUUAGCAAUUAAUGUUGAAUCUUGCUGGUCCGUUUACUAAGAAGUGUGCUUCUUUCCAAUAGAAUGCCACCUCCUUUUGGAAUAAAACUAGUUAACGUGACACUGUUUAUUGUUGUCUGAGAACCUGAAAUGUGUUGUAAUGAAAAUUGUAAAUGGUGGAGGGAAGGGAAAUGAACAGUUCUGAUCUAAUAUUAGAUUUUCUGUGUAAACUGACCGUGGCAGAAUACUGAUGCAAACUGUAUUUUAGUCUGACAAAUGUAUAGAAUUUUUUUAUGUAUCAGAAUAAAGUUUUCUAGAAAAGA